AUAUCAAAGUUUAAAGUAUGAAUUGGCAAAGACUACACGUCAUAUCAAUAAUCAUAACAAACUAAAGUCCAAAGUUGCACGCAAUGAGACACUGCGGAACAAGAACAUUGUAAAGAAUUGAACGUGCAGCAUGUCUGUAUCUGAAGCAAUUUUAUAUGACCUUUGGUCAUGAAUGCUAUCAGUUGUCUUCACUUUUUUCUUACUUUCUGUUUGUGUAAAAAGAGUAAAUAAAUGCUCAGUUCUAAUAGUGAAUUCAUUACAUGCAGAUGAGUUUUAAUGAUUCUUUGAAAUUUUUCUUGGAAAAAGAGAAAGUGUACAGCGAAAUGGACAUGGAAUUGGAUGAUAAAGGACAUAAAGUAAUGAAAAAUGGUAACGGAAGGAAAAGACAUCAAUUUAUUCCAUGUAUUUCAAAGGAACUUUACGAUGAACCGCCCCAAAGUGACUUCAUAGUCAUCCAAAUGUUCUACAAUAUUCUUCAUACAACAUUUAUUGUUCUGUCUAAACUUCGUCUGGGUCAAGUUAUCAUCUCAGUGCUUGACUACUACAUGAUUAAAAUUGAAAAUACAUUAGACUUCUGUCUGCCUGAUAAUUGUGAAUUUGCUGCACAAAAAGUUAUUGAUAAGCACAAAAAAACAUUACCGAUUCAGGAUCGUCCAAUGUCAUGGCUGUUUUUCAUACCUGCAUUGAUUUUUUUGAGGAUAUUUAGAUUUGUUCUGUCAAUUUAUGGCAUUUUGGCGGGAGUUGGAGAAAUUACAGCUCGACAAAUGCAAGCAAAGGUCAUCGCAUUUCGUCGCUAUUAUCGUUCCAUUCGACACUAUGCAGUUAAUGCAUGGACAGCACAAGACAAAGAAAUGAUUGAAAAUCGUAAAGCAUGGAUCUGGUGGAGACUCUACUACAGAGUCUAUGAGUCAAUCUUCAUGACUAAAUUUAUUGUUGAAAUACACCAACACAAAGCAGCUCUAGAAGUCGGGAAUGGAAAGCCCAAUGGACACGGCAAACGUUCUCUAGAUAUAAGUUCCUCAGAUAUUGACGAUGAUUUAAAUACAAAUGAAAUGCUUGAGAAAUAUGCAAAUGCAGAGGACUCUUUGGUAGCUGAUCCUGACUAUGAGCCAAAUGAAAGUGGCAAUUUAGACACGACUCUUGAUUCAAUUGACUCGGAUAACGAUGAAGAUGAAAAGACGAACAUUGAGGAAUUCCAAGGUGAAUGCUCUGCAAAUGUACAGGAAUACAGCAGCAUGAUGGCAAACGUUGAACACUCAUCAGACGUCGCCAGCUCCGAGCAGAGCGAGAACGAUAAAAGUUCUCCGCCGGAACAUGCAUUCAUUGAAGAUGCAGAAGCACAUAAUAAUGAACAAAGCAAUCAAGUCGCAGACGAUCAAAGCGAGAAAGUCAGUUAUGAAGAGAAUAAUUGCACAUCAUAGUCAGCAUUUUAUUUUAAUAAUUACAAAUAAUUUCUUGUUUUCUUGAGAUUAAUAAAAGUUUAAAGUGUCAAAAAGUUUAAG